AUGGAUAACAACGAUGUUCCCUUGGAAACAUUUGGGGCAGCCCUCAUUCUGCUGACGUUGAGUGUCUUGGUGCUAAAACGGCGGCGACGUGGUGGUAUUCGGAGGUGGUGGAGGCACCCUACACUGAUUGAAGAAGAUGGGGAGUAUGCUAAACUGUUCCUUCCGUACAAAAAUACCAGCCAUGACCGUUUCUUUCGGUACACCAGGAUGGAAGUGUGGCAAUUUGAUGAACUUUUGAAGUUAGUGGGGCCUCGUCUGAGACGUUUCUCUAUGCGUAAACCAGUACCUCCUGAAGAAAGGCUUGCCAUUACCAUCAGAUACCUUGCGCAUGGUGGCAACCUCAUUACCUUAGCUGAGGCCUACAGACGAGGUCACUCAACUGUCAAUGACAUUGUCCGAGAGACCUGUGAUGCAAUUUGGGAGGCUUUGAGCCCAAUUUAUGUGAAGACUCCGUCAAGGGAGGAUUGGCCUCGAAUCUCAAGAGAGUUCUGGGAACUCUGGAAUUUCCCAAACUGCCUAGGUGCUGUAGAUGGGAAGCACGUUGAAAUAAUUUGUCCACCUAAUGCUGGCUCUGUGACAUUCAAUAACCAUUACAGCAGCCACAGCACUGUCCUUAUGGCUAUGUGUGAUGCAAAGUACCGCUUUACUUAUGUUGACUUGGGAUCCUAUGGCUCACAAAGUGACUCUAGUAUUUUCAUGAAUUCCCAAUUUGGUAGGGACCUUCUUGAAGGAAAUUUAGACCUCCCUCCAGAACAACCUAUGCCUUUCACAAGGGAGCCGCAUUUCCCACAUUGGAUGGUAGCAGAUCAGGCAUUCCCUCUGAGUGAAAAUAUCCUGAGGCCUUAUCCUGGUAAAAGCCUCACCGAAGAGCAACGAGUGUUCAACUACAGACUUUCUCGAGCACGAAGGUGCAUUGAAAAUGCAUUUGGCAUUCUUGUUGGGAGGUGGAGGUUGUUCCGCAAGAGGAUUCAAGCACUGCCUGAGACAGUAGACUCCUAUCUAAAAGCUGCAAUAUGCCUUCACAACUUUGUCAUCACCACUCAAGAAGAGGGAACCUCACAGUACUGCCCUCCCAAUUAUGUUGAUAGGGAAGAUGGACAAGGUCGCAGAAUUGAUGGAGCAUGGAGAGCAGAUCCUCAAGAUGAUGCCCCUUUGUUCAGGCCCAUAGGAAGAAUUGGGGCCAAUAGAGCUGGUGUUCAAAUAAUACGAAUGAGAGAUCAGGUUGCUCAGUACCUGGUGUCUGAAGAAGGGGCAGUCGACUGGCAGGAUCGGAUUGUCUGGGAAGGAUAUGAAUAA